UCCUCUAAAGUCAGCUGAUUUGAUCGGGUGACUGUUGGCAUUUUGCUUAGACCUGAAAAACUCCAACUUAACUUCUAAAAGUUCUAGAUGUCAUCAGACGUCUCAAAGUAAAAGAAACUGGAAAGUAUCUAUUAGAAAAAUGGCUUCUUUGCUUUUUUGCGGUCCUAAACUGGCAGCAUGUGGACUGGUCUUGAGCAUUUGGGGUGUCAUUAUGCUGGCAAUGCUGGGGAUUUUCUUCACCACACAUUCAGCUGUGCUAAUAGAGGAUGUGCCUUUUACAGAGGAAGACAUGCACAACCCGGAGACAGCACUUCAGGACAUUUAUAAACUGUACAACCAAGUUGGAUACAAUUGCUUCAUUGCGGCAGCAAUCUAUGUGUUUAUAGGAUUCUUGUCAUUUUGUCAAGUUCGCCUGAACAAACGCAAGGAAUACCUGGUGCAUUAACGCUGCCUAGUGAUUGGAGUUUAAACCUUCUUCUAACUUCCUUUGCGGUGUUUGUACAAAAUUGAUGUGUUAUACUGCAAUUACGGUGUGUAGAUAUUUAAGAUGGAAUAAGAUUGCUUUAUUUCAUUGUGCCUUUCUAUUGAAGCCUUUCACAAAAUA